AUGGCCAAAAUACUAAGGCCUAUCUGUGCAGCUACCAGAAGCGCGGUCAGCGAUGGUUUUACCACAGUCAGCGGUGACGUGAAUCCGAGAGACUUUGAUCGGAUUUUGAAACGUGGGCCCGGGAGUCGGGUUUGGCCAAUUUUGGGCCUGGGUGAGUUGGAGCACUCCGAGAGUCGGCGGGAGCUUGGGUACUGUAGGCGGAUUACGGUAAAGGAGGUGGAAUGGGCAAUGCAUAAGAUGUACAGGGGUAGAGCGACGGGGACAAACGAAAUCUCGGUGGAAUUAUGGAAGAGCGCGGGGCGGGCAGGUUUGGGAGAGGGUGGUGGAGGUCGAGGUGAGGAGGUGCAUGUCUAUUUCCGAGAAUCAGUUUGGAUUCAUGCCGGGGCAUUCGACUACAGAAAUGGUUCAUCUGGUAAGGAGAUUAGUGGAGCAGUACAGGGAGAGGAAGAAGGAUUUGCAUAUGUGUCGCAUCACAUCCAAGGGGAGGUGUCUUGGUGCAUGAUAUUUGUCAAUGAUAUAGUGUUGAUUGACGAGACGCGUAGCGUAGUUAACGCGAGGUUGGAGGUUUGGAGACAGACCUUGGAGUCUAAAGGUUUUAAACUGAGCAGAACCAAGACAGAAUACUUGGAGUGCAAGUUUAGUGAUGGAACCUAUUAUGUAGACAUAGAAGUUACGCUUGAUGCUCAAGUUAUCCCCAAGAGAGCGAGUUUUAAGUAUCUCGGGUCGAUUAUCCAGGGUAACGAGGAGAUUGACGAAGAUGUCGCGCAUCGCAUUGGAGCAGGAUGGAUGAAGUGGAGGCUUGCUUCUGGUGUUUUGUGUGAUAGAAAUGUGCCGCUAAGACUUAAGG